CAUCUGUCUUCCAGCUUCCUGCUCGGUUUGGAUAGCUGAAGCUCAGACGGAAUUCAAGAGAGUGGCUGAGGAAAACGUGACUUUGCCCUGUCACCACCGCCUGGGCCUGCUGGAGCAAGGAAGCUUGGAUAUCGAGUGGCUGCUGCACGUUUCGGAAACAGUACAAAAAGCGGUAAUCACUUACUCUGGAGGGCACGUUUAUGAUGACCUGAAUGAAGAACAGAAAGGCCGUGUUUCUUUCACUUCCAACUUCCUUGCUGGAGAUGCCUCUUUGCAAAUCAUAUCUCUGCAGUCAAGUGAUGCAGGAAAGUACAUCUGUAAAGUUAAAAAUGCCGGGCAAUACGAAUGGGCUCGCAUCACCCUGAAGGUUAUAGAGAAGCCUUCCAAGCCCAAAUGCUGGCUAGAAGGGGAGCUGCUGGAAGGAAAGGACCUUUCCUUGCAGUGUCGUUCUGGAUCUGGCACUGCACCCAUCUCCUACCGAUGGCAGCGCUUAAGUGAGGAUGAAGAGAGAACUGAACAUCUCCCACCUACAUCCAGAGUCAAUAUAUCUAAUCCUGGGCAAGUCUUACUCAAAAAUCUCACACAGAUGAGUACAGGCUUAUACCAAUGCGUUGCCACCAAUGAGGCUGGACAAGAAAGCUGUGUUGUUCAGGUGACAGUGCAGCAGGCACAGAAUAUUGGCAUGAUUGCUGGAGCAGUUUGUGGAGUGGUGGUGGGGCUUUGCCUUCUUCUCCUGGUGGUGAGGCUGAUGAUAAGGAGGAAAGAGAAAAAGAGAUAUGAAGAGGAGGAGGCCCCAAAUGAAAUCAGAGAAGAUGCAGAGGCGCCCAAAGCUCAUCUCGUCAAGCCCAGCUCCUCUUCCUCCGGUUCCAGGAGCUCGCGUUCGGGUUCCUCCUCAACCAGGUCGACAGCCAACAGUGCCUCUCGCAGCCAACGGACUUUGUCAACGGAAGCUACUCCGCAUCUCACUCCCCCGCAGUACAGCCAGAAGGAGCCGGAGGGAAGGGAAGCUGAGCCCAAGAAAGUUGACUACGGCAACCUGGUGAAGAUGGGAGCCACGCUGGUCAUGGUGCCCGCGCAGAGCCGAGCGUUCCAGACGGUGUGA